GGGGUGGGUCGUUCGGUCGGUUAGGAUGCGCCGUGUUUAGCUCGAGCCGCCGCCAGUAGGGGGAUCCGUCGGGAGGCUCACCGCGGAGAGGAUUUAAAGGAAAUGAAUUGAUGAAGAGCGGCGUUACUGUUCCCCGCAGGCAGUGAGAUCCUGUAAUAGAGGUUAUUACAAGGACAGGAGGAGACCCUGCUGACCUUGUUUUUCCAGUUUCCGCGCUACAGAGCCACUUGUCCCUGACUACAAACGCAUUCAUCAGAAUGCUACACCUAGUUCCUGGCUUUUAGGGUACGAUGCUGAACUACAACAGUGUUCUCUAAUAGCCUUCUAAACAAGAACUGCUUCAUGUAUCUGGUCAGAUAAGAGUAUUAUGACUCUGCAGUUAUGGCCAGUGAACCCCUUGAAGGUUUCCAUGAGGUGAACCUGGCAUCACCUACCACACCGGACCUGCAUGGAGUCGCUGACCCCCGUCUGCAGAAGCCUAGCGGCCCACCAAGCGCCUUGUACCGUACCCACUCCUUGACAUCUGCAACCUGUACCCCCAACACACUCUAUGCUGACCAGUUGCCCACGCAGCCAGUUUACCCUGCCCCUCGAAACCUGCCCAAUGAUGAGCCUCACAAUGGCAGUGUGCCUGGAUUGGAGGCUGCAGCCUCAGGCUCAGCUGCUUUCCAGGAAGUGGGGGCAUUUGAAGGGGGUACCUCAUUGGGUGUUGAAGGAGAGGAUGCACUGGGACUGAGCACAGACAGCCUAUCACGGCUCAGAAGCCCCUCUGUGAUGGAAGUAAGGGAAAAAGGUUAUGAGAGGCUGAAGGAAGAGCUUGCAAAAGCACAGCAGGAACUUAAGUUAAAAGACGAAGAGUGUGAGAGGCUUUCUAAAGUCAGGGACCAGCUGGGGCAGGAGCUGGAGGAACUCACUGCUAGCCUGUUUGAGGAGGCUCAUAAGAUGGUACGGGAGGCGAAUGUGAAGCAAGCCACUGCAGAAAAGCAACUGAAGGAGGCCCUUGGAAAGAUUGAUGUUCUUCAGGCAGAAGUUGCUGCUCUUAAGACACUGGUUUUGUCCACCUCUCCCACCUCACCAUGCAAGGAGCUGCCGUCAGGCUCAAAGGCUCCGUUUAAGAAAGGCCAUGCCCGCAACAAGAGCACAAGCAGCGCCAUGCUGGGCAGCCAGCAAGAGCUCAGUAUGCCCCAGCCCAUAGUGCGCGACUGUAAAGAGGUGGAUUCCCUCCUGUUCAGUGAGUUUAAGGCAUGGAAGGAGGAGCCCACUUUGGAGAGGGACUGUUCUUUUCUGGACCGAAUUUACAGAGAAGACAUUUAUCCGUGCCUCACGUUCUGCAAGAGUGAGCUGGGGUCAGCAAUCCUGGAGGCAGUGGAGCAGAACACGCUAAGUGUGGAGCCAGUAGGUUUCCAACCACUGCCUGUAGUUAAAGCCUCAGCCAUGGAGUGUGGAGGCCCCAAUGGCAGACGUUCUCAAAUAGUCACAAAAUGUGCCCUCAGUGGCCAGACAAAAACCUGCAAACAUAGGAUCAAGUUUGGGGACUGCAGCAACUACUACUAUGUGUCCCCAUUUUGUAGGUAUAGGAUUACAUCUGUUUGCAACUUCUUCACUUAUAUUCGCUAUAUCCACCAAGGACUGGUCAAGCAACAGGAUGCUGAACAGAUGUUCUGGGAGGUGAUGCAGCUACGGAAGGAGAUGUCCUACGCUAAGCUUGGCUACUACAGAGAUGAACUGUGACCAGUCAGCCUCGAGAAUAGGAAUGCUGUCUCAUCUCAGUGAAAACACAGUGAGCAGUGAGAAUCAUCCUGUCAAACAGCUGAAAAGGGGCAUCACAGGGACCACCUCUUACUCCCCUCCUCAACACUCUGGCUUUUCAUCUCAUUCCAGCAGACAGGCUGUGUCCUGUUUCUCAGUAUGCGUGAUGGACCUAUAUAUCAGGUCCCCUUCCUAAUCAAAGUACAACAUGCACUGCUAAAGUCAAUUUGAUUCCUGUGUGUGUGUGUGUGUGUGUGUGUGUGUGUCUGUGUGUGAUGAGGGGGUAUGUAUAUUGGUUUUGGAUUUACAUUACAAAGGACUGUUCAAAUCUGUAUGUUUUACAAAGGAAAAGUUUUAGUCUACACCAAUGAACAUGUCCUGAACCCUCUGUUAAUCCUAAGUUUAGCUAGCCACAAGUUACUGUGAUGUUAUAUGUGUUUGUGUGGAAUGUGCUGUGCAUAUGUUUUCUUGAUAUGUCUUUACUGUUUGUGUGCUUUCACCCAGAGACCAUUAAGCUUCCCCAUUUUGAUUUUAGUGCCUUUCUGGAACACUGAAUAAAAUUGUACUGACUGUA